AUGAGGGAAUUUGGACACGAGCAGACUAUAAAGAAACGACACAGAACAAGUUCCUCUUACUUCCAUACCUUCCUGACAAUCUUAAAUUCCGCAAGCAUGUCAAACUCCUACAAUUUCAAGCCCGUCGUGUUCAUCGGCGCUGCUGGCGAGAUGUGUCGAGUUGCGGUGGAGCGCUUCGCCAAAGCAAGCGAUGCUCAGCUUGUCCUUGCGGAUAUCAACACCGCUGUCAUCGAAUCUCUUGCCACCAAAUUCCCAACAGGCCGAGCAACAGUCCAGAAGCUCGAUCUCUUCAACGAACCUGCCCUAGCCAAUCUAAUCAACGGCGCCGGACUGGUUGUUCUGGGUGCCGGGCCUUAUUCUAAGACCGCCCAUCCAGUCGUCAAAGCUUGUAUCAAGGCCAGAGUUCCGUACCUCGAUUUUGACGACGAUGUCGAAAGCACUCAAGCCGCCCUCGCCCUCACCGAUGAAGCCAAAAAGGCCGGGGUACCUCUCUACAUCGGUUGCGGUGCUUCGCCCGGCCUGAGUAAUGUCAUGGCUAUGGAUGCUACCCGCGAACUGGACUCUGUUGAUAGCAUUGACAUUUGUUGGCUUGUAGGUGAUGAACCUUCGGUUGGUAAAGCAGUGCUUCAGCACUUGAUGCACAUUGCUGCUGGUCCAUGUCUCACAUGGGUGAAUUCGAAGCCAACAGUGAACGAGUCUUGGGUUGGGACCACCUAUGCGCCAAUGUAUACCGAAGACGGGGAGAGACUAUUGCAUGAAACCGCUCAUCCCGAGCCGGUGACACUCCCUCGUCUUUUUCCAAAUGCGACUCGGAUCCAGUGUUUCGGGUCGCUUGAUCCCAAGCCACUUAAUGGUAUCGCUCGCGGUCUUGGCUCUGCUGUUCGUGCAAAGGCACUGUCGAUGAACGAUGCAGUUGAUUUCCUGUACAACCUGGCAAGCAAGCCGCCCCUGGGGGGGGCCUUGGGUGAGGGAUUUGGAGCGCUGAAAGAGCAGCUUCGGGGUGGAGACAUCACUCUCAAUGAACUGUACCAGUUGGUCAGUCGCUCUAUUGGCCCCUUGCGAUACGCUCUGUGGGGAAUGCUUGAACAGAUCUGGAAUGGCGAGUGCACUGUAACUGAGGUUGUGACGUACAUCCUAAAUUCAGUGACUGGCACAAAAAUCGAAAACAGAGGCAACAUACUUGUGCGAGCAGUUGGUAUGCGGGGUGGCGUUCCAACGGUGAUCACGAAACGCAAUCCGAAGAAUGGCAAGGACUCCUAUCUGUGUCAGAGCAUGGGCACAGUUACUGGAACUUCAACUGCUGCGUUUAUGGUUAUGGCACUUGAAGAUGGCAAUCAGCGCAGUGGUGUUUUCUGCCCUGAGGACUGGGCUGAGCCCGAGAUAUUUUAUAGAGCCUUGGAGCGCGUGGGAGUCCCAAAGGAUGAGCUUAUCGAGACCAUCUAA